AUGGCGCCCAAGAAGAAGGGCGGCAAAACACAAGCUGAUGACUGGGAGGCUGAACUCGGUGAAUCUCCAGAUGCCCCACCCGAGGCCACCAAUAUUACCUCAGAAGAUGUCAACGGCGACGCUGAAGCGGCGAAUGGCGGAGGCGGGUUGCUCGCCGCGUUAAAGAAGAACAAAAACAAACGUGCAAAGAAGGGCAAACCUGUUGAUGACUUCCUGGAGGGAGAAGAUGCACCUGCCACCGACGAAGCUGCGGGAGACUCAAUUCUUAAGGACAAAGCACCAGAAGAGGCGAACUUGGAACGUGAUGAUCUAUUUGCCAGCACGGCCAAGAAGGGCAAAGCCGUGCAAAAGGCUGCUGAGAAGGCUGCUGAAGAUGCUGCUGCUGCUGAUGAUGGUGAGAGGAACGAAGAUGGUAGCCUGAAGUCAAAGAAGGAGAAAGAAAAGGAGAAGAAGGAGAGGGAGAAGCAGCGGAAGAAGGAGCAGGCUGCUAAGAAGAAAGCUACUGCGCCAACACCUGCUGCGAAAGUCGAACCAGCCAAACCUACGCCAGAGGUCAAGGCAGAAGCGCCACAAGCUGCUGAUGCGACUGGCAAGAAAAAGAAGCUUCCGGCACAUUUAGCCGCUAUCCAGAAACAACAAGAGGCUCUCCAAAAACUGCGAGAAGAGCAAGCCAAGCUUGAUGCUGAGGCGAGGGCGGCAGAGGAGGAACGGCAGCGCAGGGAGGCUGAAGAGGAGAAGCGCAAGGAAGAAGCUCGAGCUCGUAAGAAGGAGAAAGAAAAGGAGAAGAAGGAGCAGCUAAAGAAAGAAGGAAAGUUCAUGUCCGAAGCUGAGAAGAAACGGAGAGCUCAGCAAGAUCAUCGAAUGAAGCAAAUGCUUGAUGCUGGUGUCAAAGUCGAGGGCCUGAAGGGUGAUGCAGACGUUGCAGCGGAGCGCAAGAAAUCUGCCCCAGACAAGAAGAAGAAGGUUCCCAAGAAGCAAGAGGACGAUCUUGAAGCUGCUGCAGAACGUGCCAGGUUACAAGCCGAAGAAGCAGAACAGGAGCGAAAGAGACUUGCUGAAGCGGUAGCAAAGGCCAAAGCCGAAGCCGAAGCUAUUGAGGCAGCAGCGCCACACGAAAGCGACGGUUUGGAGGACUGGGAGCAGGCAGCAGAUGCAGAAGAUGUGAAGGACAGUUGGGACGCUGAGUCGGGCGACGAGGCGACAUCACAAUCUCCACGAGUUACCAAUGGAGCGAAGCAAGCAGGCUCCGUCAUCAAUGGCAAGCCCACAGCCAAUAUUCCCGUACGGGCAUCAAAGCCUCAAAAUAAAGAUGGAUAUGCAGAGUCGGACUCUGAUGAGGAGUCUUCUUCGGGAGAGGAGGGCACCACAGCGCAGAAGGCAGCCGCUCAAAAGAAGGCCGAAGCAGCGGCCCGAAGACAAAAGGCGCACGAAGAAGCAUUGGCAGCCCGAUCGGCAGACAACCUCAGGUCUCCAAUUUGCUGUAUUCUUGGCCAUGUCGAUACUGGGAAAACAAAAUUGCUGGACAAGAUCCGACAGACUAACGUACAAGAAGGCGAAGCAGGUGGUAUCACUCAACAGAUCGGCGCUACCUAUUUUCCAACGUCGGCUUUGCAGGAGAAGAUUGCCGCUGUCAAUAAAGAUGGCAAUUUCGACUUCAAAGUGCCAGGUCUUCUGGUUAUUGAUACACCAGGUCACGAAUCUUUUUCGAAUCUGCGAUCGCGGGGAUCUUCGCUCUGCAACAUUGCCAUCCUCGUGGUUGAUAUCAUGCACGGUCUAGAGCCACAAACUUUGGAGUCCAUGAGGCUGCUGAGGGACCGCAAGACACCUUUUAUUGUGGCGUUGAACAAAAUCGAUCGGUUGUAUGGUUGGAAAAAGAUCGACAACAAUGGCUUUCUGGACAGUCUGGCAAUGCAAAACAAGGGUGUGCAGAGUGAAUUCAGGGACAGGUUGGACAAGACGAAGGUCGCUUUUGCCGAGCAAGGCUUCAACUCGGAACUCUUUUCGGAGAACAAAUCCAUGGCCAAAAACGUGUCUCUGGUGCCAACCUCCGCACAUACUGGCGAGGGCAUCCCGGACAUGCUCAAACUUCUUAUCACCCUUACACAAGAACGCAUGACCAACAAACUCAUGUACCUCUCGGAAGUCGAGUGUACGGUACUUGAAGUCAAGGUUAUAGAGGGGCUUGGGACUACAAUCGAUGUUAUCCUUUCGAACGGGGUGCUUCGGGAAGGUGAUCGAAUCGUGUUGUGCGGUCUGAACGGUGCCAUCACAACCAACAUCCGUGCUCUUCUUACACCCGCCCCUCUCAAAGAAUUAAGACUGAAGUCGGCAUAUGUUCACAACAAGGAAGCCAAGGCGUCGUUGGGUGUCAAGAUUGCCGCAAAUGACCUUGAAGGCGCAAUUGCAGGGUCGCGUCUGCUAGUUGUUGGCCCGGAGGACGAUGAAGAGGACCUCGAAGACGAAGUGAUGGGUGACUUGGCCCAGCUGCUCAACAAAGUGUCCAAAGAUUCGAGAGGUGUCAGCGUGCAGGCUUCUACUUUGGGUUCACUGGAGGCCUUGCUUGAAUUUCUCAAAGUCUCAAAGAUUCCUGUGGCCAACAUCUCGAUUGGGCCCGUGUACAAACGAGAUGUCCUGAUGGCUGGAACAAUGUUGGAGAAGGCGAAACAAUACGCUGUGAUGCUGUGCUUCGAUGUCAAGGUCGACAAAGAUGCUCAAGCGUAUGCAGAUGAGGUGGGAGUCAAGAUCUUCACUGCUGAUAUCAUCUAUCACUUGUUCGAUGAUUUCACGAAGCAUAUGGCAGCAUUGGCCGAGCAGAAGAAGGAGGAGAACAAGCUUCUGGCGGUGUUCCCCUGCGUGCUCACCCCCAUCAAAGUCUUCAACAAGAAGGACCCGAUCGUGAUUGGUGUGGAUGUUACGGAUGGCAACUUGAGACUUACAACCCCUAUUGCGGCUGUGAAGACCAACCCUGUGACAAAUGUGAAAGAGGUCAUACACCUUGGUAGAGUGACAUCCAUUGAAAGGGAUCACAAGCACAUUCCUCUUGUCAAGAAGGGUCAGCCAUCAGUUGCAAUCAAGAUCGAAGGACCCAACCAGCCGCUGUAUGGUCGGCAGCUCGAAGAGUCUGACAUCCUGUACUCGCUCAUCUCGCGGAAUUCCAUAGACACGCUGAAGGAGUUCUAUCGGGCGGACGUCAGUACAGAUGAAUGGCAGCUAAUACGAAAGUUGAAGCCGCUAUUCGAUAUCCCAUGA